AUGCUGUCGUUCUUCAGACGAUUCAUGUCUUCUAGUCAAACAGCCUGUGCCUCUCCGCUCAAAUGGUUCAAAAACGUUCCGGCCGCGCCGGCGGAUCCGAUUUUGGGUGUGACGGAGGCGUUCAAAAAGGAUGCGAACCCGAAUAAGAUCAAUUUGGGUGUCGGAGCCUAUCGAGAUGAUCAGGGAAAACCAUUCGUGCUCCGCGCUGUCGCCGAAGCCGAACGCCAAAUCGUCGAUGCAAAAAUGGACAAAGAGUACUCGACGAUCACAGGAGUCCCGGAAUUCUCUCCGUUAGCCGCCAAGCUGGCAUUCGGAGAGUCUUCUGAAGUGAUAAAAGAGGGACGGGUGUUCACUACUCAAUCGAUAUCCGGAACUGGAGCAUUGAGAAUCGGCGGACAGUUCGUUGAGAAGUUCAUUCCAUCGAAGACGUUGUACUAUCCAACACCAACAUGGGCCAAUCAUUUGCCUGUGUUUAGAAACUCUGGUCUCACCAUCCACCCAUACCGCUAUUACGAUCAAUCAACACUCGGAUUCGAUGUCAAAGGAGCACUUGAAGACAUUGCGAAUAUGCCAGAAGGAUCGGUGAUCCUGCUCCACGCGUGUGCUCACAAUCCAACUGGUGUCGAUCCGACUAAAGACCAAUGGAAGGAGAUGUCUCGUAUCAUAAAAGACCGGAAACUUCUCCCAUUCUUCGACAUGGCCUACCAAGGAUUCGCAUCUGGAGACGUGGACAACGACGCCUUCGCCCUCCGCUAUUUCGUCGAGCAAGGACACAAUGUCCUUGUUGCUCAGUCGUUUGCAAAGAACAUGGGUCUUUAUGGAGAACGUGUUGGCGCCUUUUCGAUUGUUUGCGAUUCGACGGAAGAGGUUUCUCGUGUUGGAUCCCAGAUGAAGAUAAUCAUUCGCCCGAUGAUUUCGAUGCCACCUCUUCAUGGAGCAAGAAUUGCUUCCAGGAUUUUGAGUGAUCCUGUUUUGAAGCAGUCGUGGUUGGAAGACGUGAAAAUGAUGGCUGACCGUAUCAUAACGAUGCGCCAGGCACUCAAAGAGAAUCUCCAACGUGAGGGAUCCACCCGUAACUGGGAGCACAUCACCAAUCAAAUUGGAAUGUUCUGUUUCACGGGAAUCACCCAACAACAGGUUCAGAAACUCAUCAACGAUCACUCGGUCUACCUGACGAACGACGGUCGAAUCUCGAUUUCUGGAAUCAAUACUGGAAACGUGGCGUAUCUGGCGAAAGCACUUCAUGAUGUUACCAAAUAA